AUGGACAACAAGCAAUUGGAAAGCAUGGUGGCGGUCGAGAGUAAAUCCGAUGAUCUGGAAAGCACUCUUCAUCACACGCGGAGCUCAAGCUACGAUGCCCUAGGCACGGCGCAAGAAAAGAGACUUGUGAAGAAGCAAGAUCUCCGGAUUCUGCCAUUAUCCGCCCUCUGCUACUUCAUCCUCAACAUCGAUCGAUCCAACGUCGGCAAUGCGAAAACCAUGAACGCGGCGACAGGCAACGACUUGCUAUCAGAAACUCGCAUGAGCGAGAUGGGAUACACUGUGUCUCUGAUGAUCUACUUCAUUGUCUAUGCACUCGCAGAAGUGCCGUCUAACUACCUUUUGAAGAUGUUUGCGCCUUCGACGUGGAUUGCGUUCUUGAUGUUUGCUUGGGGUGCGAUCACCAUAGGAAUUGCUGGCGUUAACUCUUAUGCUACUGUUGCUGUGACCAGAUUCUUGUUGGGUCUGUUUGAAGCAGCGUUCUGGUACCGAGCAGACGAGCGCAGUCUCCGAAUCGCCUUGAUCAUCGCCAGCGCAACUCUAGCCAGCGCAUUUGGCGGCGCUCUGGCCUUUGGAGUCGGCCACAUGAAUGGCGCAUCAGGCCUAGCAGGAUUCCGUUGGCUCUUCAUCAUCGAAGGUGUACCUACCUGCCUCGUAUCCAUCCUGAUAUAUUUCUGCCUUCCCGACUACCCCGAGCACGCAAAAUGGCUAACCGCAGAAGAGAAGGCUCUGUCCGAAGUCCGCAUGGAGGGAUCGCAAAGCAGCGUCAAGUUGACCUGGAAUGAUUUCAAGGAAGUGUGUGUUGAAUGGAGACUCUAUGUACAUUAUGCGAUGUACUUUGGUAUCUGUUGCCCGUUCAGCUCUUUGGCGUUCUUCACGCCUACUAUCACUGCGGGUCUGGGUUUCGAGGGACUGCAAUCUCAGCUCAUGACUGUACCGCCUUAUGUCGUCGCGUACGUCGUAAUGGUCACUGUCUCGUGGUCGGCAGAUCGCUUCAAUGCGUAA